AUGCAGAUGGCAUGUGAGUUUCUCCUGUGUCAUUUGCAUGUAGGGUCAUUGGAAACCAUGGUCACUUGUAAAGAGGUCCGGCACGCUCUGCAAAAUCUAUCCCAAGAGGUGAAUAGUGCCUACGAUCAAAUAAUGAUCCGGAUCAACAAACUAGACAAGAAACGCCGGGAACUUGCUUUGACGGCUAUCAUGUGUAUCACUUAUGCUUUCGAACCACUGAGCGAUAGGGGGCUUCAAGAGGCUGUGACGCUUUCCCGCGGCGGUACAGGGAUCAGUAGUGACGAACUUGUGGGUGUAGCCACCAUAUUGGGGGCCUGUUCUGGAUUACUUCAGCAACUAUAA